AUGGCGGGUAUUAUGCGAAGCGUGAAAAAUGUCACCAAAGGAUACUCCAGCGUCCAGGUCAAGGUCCGAGAAGCCACGAGCAAUGACAGCUGGGGCCCGACCGGCACCCAGAUGAGCGAGAUCGCCCAGCUGACCUUCAAUCUCGGUUCCGAUUUUGUCGAUAUUAUGGACAUGCUCGACAAGAGGCUCAACGAUAAAGGAAAGAACUGGCGGCAUGUGCUCAAGGCAUUGAAGGUGCUUGAUUACUGUCUACACGAAGGUGCCGAAAGAGUCGUCACCUGGGCCCGGCAAAACAUAUACAUCAUAAAGACGUUGAGAGAGUUCCAGUAUGUAGAUGAAGAAGGUCGAGAUGUGGGACAGAAUGUGCGUGUUGCUGCCAAGGAAUUAACCUCUCUCAUCAUGGACGAGGAGAGGCUUAGGGCCGAGCGGACGGAUCGUCGAUCAUGGAAGUCGAGGGUAACAGGGUUGGAAGAGUACGGCCCACCGGGCGCGAGCGGCAGCAGCCACGGUGGCCCGCGAGAACGACCCCGGCAGCGCGGCGGUGACGACGACGAUGACCUAGAAUACAAGCUUGCAAUCGAGGCGAGCAAGGCGCAGGAAGAGGAGGAUAAGAGGAAGCGUCAAAGCAAGCAAAAUGUCGAUAGCGACGAUGACGACCUCGCCAAGGCUAUAAAACUGAGCAAAGAAGAAGAGGACCGCCGACGAAAGGAGCUUGAGCAAAGCAAUGCGACUUCGCUCUUCGACGAUGACCUCAUCCAGGUCACGCCUUCUCAGCCGCAAGUUCAGUACACCGGACUCAACCAAGGCUACAUGCAGAAUGCGUAUACGGGGUUCCAAACCCAACCAACCGGCUUCGCUGGGAACUACUCCAACGGCUACGGCAUGCAAAACAACAUGCUUGGCGCAGAUCCCUAUGGCCAGCAGCAGCAGCAGCAGCAGCAACAGCAGCAGAUGCAGCAGAUGCAAAGCUUCCAACCCCAGCCCACGGGCUACAACCCGUACGCCCAGCAACAAGUCCAAUCGCCGGCACAGCAAGAUUCCUCGCUGCAGCCGGGUAGCAACAACCCAUGGGCUAGCAACGGCAACCAGCAGCAAAGCCUCGCGCCCACCCCCACGGGAUCCAAUAACCCAUUCGCCAACUCGUUCAACCGCCAGCAGUCGACGAGAACCCCCGUCUCUACUCUUGGCAGCCUUCCAGAACAAAAGUCUCUUUCGUCAUUCAACUCGCAGCCCUUUGGCCAGCCUUCGCCUCAGCCCGUUCAACAGCAGCAGCAGCAAAAUUUCCAGCAACCCCAGCGAGAGCUGACGGAACACGAGUCCAAACUCAACUCUCUCCUAGCCACCGGAGACGGCAUGGAUACGUUUGGCAACACCGGAAACCUCAGGAUCCCCGCCCAGCAUACCGCCCCGGGACCUUUCUGCCACGGCCGCGCCAAAACAACCCGCAUCAAGAUCUCAUUCAAUUUUAAGCGAGACUGA